CCCGUCAGCCGCUGCCGCUGUGCUUGGAGUCUUUCGCUCUCCGUAGCGGCUCUUCCGGCUGUCGUCGCGUAUUGUUCGCAUCGGGAAGGUGAGGUGAAUUUCUGGGAGUCGCCGAGCGGGAAUGGCAGAGGCCAACAUGAACUGGGUGGCGGAGGAGAGGAGCGGCCACUGUGCUGUUUUGGACGGAUGCUACCUGUAUGUUUGGGGUGGCUAUGUGACAUAUGAAAAUAAUGAAGUUUAUUUACCCAAUGAUGAAAUCUGGGUUUAUGAAAUUGAAAGUGGUGUGUGGCAGAGGCAACCAAUGAAGGGAGACCUUCCUCGUCCAAUGUCAGGAAGCUGUGCAGCUUGUCUAAAUGGGAUCAUGUACAUUUUUGGAGGAUACGAUGAUCUUGGAUAUAGUAAUGAACUCUAUUGUGUUAAUUUAGAAGUACACAAUGAUGUGUUUACUUGGAAGAAGAUCUGUAAUUUCCAAGGAAAUCCUCCUACUCCAAGAGAUAAACUUUCUUGCUGGGUAUAUAAAGACAAGUUGAUUUACUUUGGAGGCUAUGGGUGCAAGAAAAUAACUGAACUAAACGAUUCAUUCGAUGUGAAUGAAGCAUCCUGGGAAGAAGAGAUGUUCUGGGGUUGGAAUUAUGACAUCCAUGUCUUUGAACCCAGUAUGAAUAUCUGGUACCAGCCAACAAUUAAGGGCACAUCUCCCCGACCUCGAGCAGCUCAUGCGUGUGCCACAAUAGGAAAUAAGGGUUAUUUAUUUGGAGGAAGGAUACUGGAAACAAGAGUUGAUGAUUUACAUUGUUUGGACUUGGACACAUGGACAUGGUCUGGAGAAAUCAUGGUUAAAGGAAUACGUCCACAGGGGCGCUCAUGGCAUACACUGACUUCUGUAACAGAUGAUCAGCUUUUCGUUUUUGGUGGAUUAAGUGCAGAAAGUCAACCUCUUAGUGAUGCAUGGAUAUAUAAUGUUGGAGCUAGUGAAUGGAGGCAACUGGAGCAUUGUCCUAAGAAUAGACCCAGGUUGUGGCAUACAGCCUGUUUGGGGAAGGAGCAUGAAGUGAUGGUGUUUGGUGGGAGUAAAGAUGACCUGCUGUCCUUCGAUUCUGGUCACUGUAAUGAUGUCCUGAUCUUUCAGACACAGCCAUAUUCACUGUUCAGGUUGUGCUUAGACUGCAUUGCUAAGAGUUCCACGGUGUUACAGAGUCAGCUUCCAUGGUUGCCUCGUCAAUUGCUUUCGCAAGUCAAGAAAAAAAUCACUUUCUGGGUUUUAGCUGGACGCCAAAAAAAAUGAAAAUAUUUUGAACAGUUUGAAUUAACGUUUGUAUAUAUCACAUUGAAUUGAUACAUUGUAAGAACUAUGCCAUUAUGAUAGGCAAAUGUAAUAUUUGAAAUGUACAAACCCAAAUUGGGUUGAUAAAAAAAAGUGAUUGUUAAGUUUUAUUAUAUUAAUUUUGUAGACUGAUUAACAUAGAUAUGUUAAUUCAUUUUAUAUCAUCCUGGUCCAGAUUCUGAAAUAAAUUGUUUUGAGUAAAAAUACCAGUUGUGAUGGCUUUUUCAUCAAUAAAUAUAAACUGGUAAAUCAUAUUAUUAAGAAAAAUUAUGAUAUUAGGUAAUUACAAAGUGCCUUUUUCUUUAAUUUUCACUAAUCAUUAACUCAUCAUUCAUUGUUGUUCACAAAUUACUAGAUUAUCCUUAGCAGUGUAAGAUUGCUUUAUGUUGAAUUUAAGGUAAUUCACUUUUAUUGAUUGCUGGAGACUUUGGAAUUGUUAUCAUUCAGGCUAAUUGAGAAAGUUUUUUUCUUUUUAUUCCUGAUAUAUAGUUAUUUAUUGUAAUUAGGAAAUACCUGUUUUGAUUGUUAAUAGAUUGAGCAACAACGUAAGGGUAGAAAGAUGUAUAACAAAGUAACUAUUAUUGGGAUAUUCUAAACCAGGAGUUCCCAACCUGGGGUCCAUGGACCCCCCAGUUAAUGGUAGGGGUGCAUGGCACAAAUAAGGUUGGAAAUCCCUGCUCUAAACUUUGGGAUUUGUUCAUGUUUCAACUGAAUGUGCUUCAAAUACACUUUGAUUCACCAUUAAAUGUUAAUCUCAUAUUUAAAUCCUUAAAUUGCAUUGGUAUUGUGCACAUUUAAAAAAACUUUGGUGUCAGUUUUGUAAUCAGUUAAUGUUAGAAUAUAAAAAGGAUGUUACGUUGUUCUUAAUUUUGGGGAAAAUGCCAAAAGGCUCAUUGAAAGAUGCAUGGAUAUAUUGCUUUUCAGAAAAGUGACAAUGCUUUUCAUAGUAACAGAAUGUACAUCUAUACCUGUUCUUUUUGAGUUUAUUUAAUGUGGCCUGUAACCAAACUUCACAAAGUUAAAUUUUGAGUCUCAAACACGAGAAAAUCUGCCAGUGCUGGAAAUCCAAAACAACACACACAAAAUGCUGGAGGAACUGAGCAGGUCAGGUAGCAUACAGAAAAGAGUAAACAGUCGAUGUUUCGGGCCAAGACCCUUCUUCAGGAAAGGAAGGAGAUUAAUUGACAACUGUAAAUUGCUCUGAGUAUGCAGGUGAGUGGUAAAAACCUGUGGAGAGAAUAAAGAUUUGGGGAUUAUUGUAAAUGUGUACAGUUGAAGAUUGGUAUGGACUUGGUGAGUUGAAUGGGCUAAUUCUGUGCAGAAUCUCUCUAUGUUGAGACUGGAGGAGAGGGGCCCAAAAAAGUGCUGCUGUUCUGUGAGACCAACCAGCAGAUCCACUGGAAUGAUCAUUUCUUUCCACCUCUGUUGGAUAGUAAAUAGCAGCUUUUAAACAUUUCCUAAUGAUUGUUUAUGUUCAAAUUAAACUACAGUAGCAUGGUGAAGCACAAUACCUUAUAUAAAUAA